CUGACAUGUUGCGUUCUCCCAAUAUCGUCUUCUGUAUCAUCGGCAUCACCUACUGUCACUCGGUUCGGUAUCACCAUGCCCUCGUCGGCAAUGCGAUCGCAUAGUGCAGCCCACAACGAGCCUGCCGCGACAGCCGCCACCACCGCGACCGGUUCCCAUCUCUUAACAUCAUCGCCCUCGACCUCGACUCGCAGCACUAGCGGCGACAACCCAGGGCCGUCGUCGAAACGACGUCGAAUCAACUUCGCCUGUGAUUAUUGUCGCUCGCGCAAGACUCGCUGCGAUGAGGGCCAACCAUCAUGCUAUGCUUGUUCAGCCGCCGGAAUUCAGUGCGUCACCAGAAACCGCCGUCAACCAUGGCUUGACGUUCGGCGGCAUGAAGCUGGUAAAGGGCAGCAUCGUAGUGAGUUAGAGGAGACGGCAAGACAAGACCAGAUUGAUUCCAAUCCAAUUUCAAGAGGUGCAGUCGCGUUGUCAGCAAUACCAGCUCAUGAAGAUAGGAGAAGUGCACCGACUUCUCGCCAAGGCCGGCGACAACAGGAUCAUGAAAACGAGACAAUGACUGCUGAAGAAAACACUACUUUAUCUAGUAUUCAGAGUCCGCCACAAACAGAGAAUGACGCCACCAUCGUCUCAAAUCCACCUUGCAGCUAUCCCGUACGUCAAGCUCAAGGUACAUCGACCCAUCGCUCUAGUAUCAUACAGGGUGAUGAUGAUAGACCUGAGUUCAGAUCUAGUUUGCCUAUCAUACACGCAGACUCCGGUAACACCUCUCUCGACUUCAUGACCAGCUGGCUAGAUCUUGCACGUCACCGUCUCCAGAUCCCUCGAUCAGGCCCUCGCCAAGCAGAACAGUCCGACAGCGACCCAGCCAAUCACAGCGGGGCUACACAAAAAGACUCGGUUUUACCAGGUUUUCUGGGAACUUGGGAUUUUCCAGAACAGGAAGCAUUAUCAACCUUGGUUGACUGGUUUCUCGAGGGCCCAAACAUCGUGUUUCCUGUCCUCCAGCCAGACAAAAUCAGGCAUAUAGCCCAGGUGGCAUAUGCAAAUGGUCCCAAGUCUUUCACACAACAGUAUGGGCUCGUGGCGCUAAUGCAGGUAUAUCUUGUCAUGAUACUCGGCCACAGCUCAAAGCCCAACCAAGAUCUUGGCUUCGAUGCUGAGGGAUGUCUGGAGUAUUCGCAGAGCCUUCUUGGCUUCGUGUUGCAGCAGAGUACGAUCGACGCCCUCCGAGCUGUCACUCUUUUGUCCAUGGCGCUGCGAUGUCAUGAGAACCUGGCUGCAGCGGGACAUACAAUGAGCCUAGCUGUUUCCAUGGCUAUCUCGCUGGGCUUUCUGAAACAAUCGCCUCACCUGCCGCCUGGGGAAGAAAGACGAAAUGUUUGGAUGAGUGUGUUUUCAUUUGAGAAAUUUCUCUCUUUUGAACUCGGCAGAGCGUCACUCAUUGUAGAUGACUAUUCGGGCUUGCUACCUGACUCCAGUCUGCUAAGGGACAGGGAGCAUGGAAUGGACAAUGCUGAUUCAACAAAUCAGUCGCGGCAGCGGCUACAGCACCCCAUCUGCGAGGUCGUUCUGAGUCUGGCUACGGUACUAAACGAUGUGGGCAGAUUAUGCGUCCAGGUUAGCCGGAAGGAGGACGACAAAAAUGAUGACAACACAACAGAUAUAAUAAGAGAAAAGGUCCGAACAAUAGGCCUAUCCUGCGUGAGAUUAAUGAGUUGGGCAUCAGAUGUUUGCCCGUCUUGUUACAGCCCGAUUAUGGAUAUAUUUUUCAAUUCCAAAUCACAUCCGUUUGCAUCGUUCAUUGCAAUGCAAUAUCACACAGCCAUGAUUGUUGUAACCCGCAACAGUCUUCUCAUUAGCGAGAAGGCCAUUCGUCUCUCUGUCGAUGUCAUUGCUAAGGACGAACCAUGGGAGUACGCCGUGCGGAAUGGGCAGAGCUUAGCUGCAAAUUCAGCGCGCAAGAUCUUACGUCUUUUUCUGGAAUCAUCGGAGAAUCAGACAUAUCCUGUACUCCCAAGUCUUGCUGGCCCAUUGCAUGCUAUGGGCGCUCUGGCUGUGUUCGUCGUGACGCGGCAAAACUCAAGGAUGGCAAGCAUGGACCGCGAGCUUCUAAAAGCUGCAGCGCUUGCAGUCAAGGAUGCACAUACCCUAGGCAGGGUGGAGAGAGAGCUCGAAUUCGCUCUCAAUAAGCUCAACACGUUUGUAACAGCCGCUACAGGAUCUCACAGGCACUAUCGAUCAAGGCCAUCGCAGCGACCAGAAGCUGAAAGCUCCGCGCUUCCACCAGAGCUCACCACUAGAGAACAGGUCCCAAUUUCGGCAUGGAAUCCUCUGUGGCAAGUUCCAGAGCAUAAUGCUUCACUGGUUCAGGGUAGUGGGGAGACUUUUAGCGUAAUUCCAACUGGACAGAUGAGUAACCUUGACGGUCAAAAUGACUUGGCCUGUUCGGACUGGUGGAUUGAGGAUAGCUCUCCAAUGAUUAUGGAUGAGCUUGGAUGGAAUUGGGCAAACUUCUCUCAGCUUUUAGAUGGCCGGGACAACCAGCCUCAAAUACAGCUGUGAGACUUGAUGUAGUCGUUCAAACGCGCUAUUGGAUUCUGCAUUAGACCCCG